AUGCUCGAUGAUAAUAAUAGCGGGUUAAGCUUUAAAAUAGUUAAUGACGAAAGUGUAAUAAAGUUUACGAAAAGUUCUAUAUAUAAUGACAUAAUUGAAUUUAUUUCUAACCUGAACAAGUCAGUUAUAGCAGUUGAAAUGAAACCUCUCGAGAAGUUUCAGUUAGCUAGUGAAUAUAAUAAUAAAGGGAAUGAGAACUUUUUAUUACUAUCAAAAAAUGUAUAUAACAUUUUUCAACUUGUUAAAAAUAUGAAUAAAUGUAUCGACUCUUGUCCUCCUAUAAAACAACCAUUUCGUUUUGGAAAUAAGGGGUUUCAAAAAUUCUGUGAAGAAUAUUAUAAAGAAAUUGAUGAGCAUUUACCGCAAAUUUUAAAUGACUCAGGGAUAGAUAAUAUUUCGGAGCAUACCUUUCAGUUAGCAUAUUAUUUAAAAAAUUCGAUAGGAAAUAAAAACAGAAUUGAUUAUGGAACGGGUCAUGAGUUAAACUUUUUAUUAUUUCUAUUUUGUUUAAAUAAGCUGCACUUUUUUACUUCCUCUGAUUAUAAGCACCUCGUUCUUGUUUUGUACAGGCAGUAUUUAGAAGGAGUCAGGAGAAUUCAGAUAAUAUACACGGUGGAACCAGCAGGCAGUAGGGGAGCAUGGGGUUUAGACGAUUUUCAGUUUCUCGUUUUUUUAUUUGGCGCAGCUCAACUUUCCUAUAACAGGAAUAUAAAAACGGAUGACAUUGAGAAAAAAGAGCUAGUAGAAUUGUGGGCUCCGAAAUAUUUGUAUUUUGACGCUUUGAAAUACAUAUCAAUGCUGAAGCACGCUCCAUUUCACGAGUCUUCUCAAAUGCUAUAUGACAUUUCUGGUGUCGAAACAUGGGAAAAAAUAUGCUCAGGUUUACUGAAAAUGUAUCAGGCAGAAAUUAUUCAGAAGCGCCAGAUAUUGCAGCAUAUUUUAUUUGGGAAAUUAAUUGACUUUUGA